GGAUUUUCGGGACGCAACCCGUUGAAGUCCCGUUUCUGGGGACGCAGACGCUCUUUUUUACGUUCAGCCUAAACUGGGCAAGAAUACGAAUCGCACGAAAACCUCUAAACCGGCAUUCAGUGGAUUUUACAAUGUACCUACCAAGACUGAAUCUCAAUGUAAUCUUGAGUCAAGUAACCUCUGUUUUAGGACGAGGCAAACGCUUCUCCCCUCACUAUCUCUCACUACCCGUGUGAUUUAAACUGGCAGGCUUCUCAAAAUGGCGGCAGUGAGGCCGUGGGUGUUGCCGUCUCUGCACAAACCUCCCAAUUUGUCAUGACUUGAGACCUUGGUUCGGCCUCCUAUGGCAGUUUUGUUCGAGGAAACGAAAUACGGUUUCCGUGACACCAACUAGCGAAUGACAGCGGGAUCCAAGAUUCUAAGAAAUUAACCUUUGGCUUUACAAAUAUUCUAGGAAAGAUGACCUCAAAAAGACGAAAAGUUUUGCCUGCGGGAGGAGAGGCCGCCGUUGUUUACAUGAAUCUUUUUUAUCUCUCUGUUAACGACAAUCGUUUCGUUGUUGGUAAGAGGACAAAGCUUUGGUAUAUAUUUAGUGGAACAGAACCAUACCAUAACAUUACUCUUGCAGUUCAAGACAACCGGAGAUUACAAAUAGUGGAAACCACCGACCCCUCCCUUUGAAUUCUAUGGGGCCUUAUUCAUUAUUGAUAUGCACAGGCCAACGAGAAGGCUAGACACGUCUUUAGGGAGUGAUGGCGGCUACUCUGGAAGAUUUUGCCUCAAGAAUUUGUAAGGAUUAUAUCGAUAGGGGAAAAUUUGCGAAACGUUUCCAAAGAUUCCUAACCAAAGUGGAUCUUCCAGAUGAUUGGGAAGAGAGCAGUGGCUAUGAAUUGCAAGAAGCUCUUCCAACUUACAAACAUCGUUAUAACUGUUUGAGGAAAUUUGUUGAACAAACAAAAGACGAGAGCAUAACAGAUGACCAGUUGGAAGAUUUUGUCAAAAAAAUUGAAAAUGCUGCAUAUUCGCCCUCAGAAAUUGAAAAGAGCUUUUCCUCAAUUCAGGAACAUGAAAACCAAUCUUUUGAUUUGUUUGAACAGAAUUUUAAGGUUAAAGGUGUUGUUGUGCGGAAAUGUGAAAAGAGGCUCAACGCAUCAAUUUUGACGAAGAAGAAAGACCAUGGCAAACAAAAGUUCUUGCUGAAUGAAUUAGCCAUAAACAUUAAAGAUGCUAGCAAAUCAGGAGGAGGAUUUCAGCUCAAAGUAGGAGAUGUUGUCGAGGUGACGAAAUGCACAAGAAAGGAACAGACAGCAUUAGAUGCAGAACUAAUUAAGUGUUUCUCUCAUACUGAAAGUGAGAUGAAAGCAUUUCUGGAUCAUCUGGUGAACUGCUUACAACAUGAAGGUACAACAGCAGUCGUAAAUGAACUCACAAGAUGUAAAGCAUCUUGGGAUUACAUUCUUAAAAAAGGUGAUGACAAGAUGGCCCCACAGAUUUUAGAUAUUACAGACAGGAUAUGCUCCAAUACUCAGAAGCAAAUGUCACACACUGCCAGAGUAAUAGUGAAAGGACUGGAGAGAAGUGUGUUCUUUAAAUCAGUUCUUCCUAGCUUUAUUCAGAGCAUGAAAAAGGAGAAUAACAACAGAGUUCAGAGGAUUUUGGAACAUGUAAUGAGGGUUUCUCCUGAAAGUGGUCCAACACUGUUGCCGAUGGCAACAGAUCUUGCCCACAGCUUAGUACGUAACUCAUCUGAUGACAAAACUGCAGCAGAAGACCUGCAUACAGAAUGUCACAGUGCCAUAGAAUUUCUUGCAAAGCUGUCAUCUAUUAUUGCUGUAGAAGUGCCUGGAGCUUGUGAAGAUAUUACAGCAUUACAAUGGCGGGAACUUCCAUUGAUACCAGUUACAACUGAGCUUCAUGAAGUUCGGUUGAAGACGGAUGGCUUGCCAAAGAUCAAAAAAGAGGACGACUUUGAGUCAGAAGAAGAGUACUUAAAUACUCAUUUCCAACUUCUUAGAGAGGAAUGCUUCUACAAGUUGAGAAAAGGGAUCAGUGGGUUUGUGGCAAACAGCAGUCAGUUUGAUUCCAAGGAUAUGUUGAUGUACAGCAUUGUGUUGGUGGCAGUCUCUACUGACCGUGAUGAGUACUCUCCAACUGCUAUGUCUAUUGCACUGAAAUAUACAGUACUGCAUUCAAAACCUGAUGCUGAUGAGUGGGAUCUUUCAAGUUGCUUUAUGUAUGGAGAUCUGCUGUGCAUUUCAAUGGACAACUCAUUUCAAGAACCCAUUUGGGCUACAGUGGAAAAUCAUGUUGCAGACCAAAGGAUUGUCUGGAUUAUUCUGUGUGCUGGAGCAAAUGACAUAAAUGAAGCACAGUUUAUUAUGAAAAUGCAGGAAGUUACUGACAGAAAUGAGCAGUCAUUCAUGGCAGAAAGUCAAACAUUUUACACUUCUUAUGCCCCAGCUAUGGAUGUUUUGAGGCAUAAAGAUUGUGUUCCAUUUAAAGAAUUCUUAGUUUAUCCAAAGACAAAUGGAGGCAAUAUGAAACCAGCAGACUACAUAAAUGAAAUAAAACAACAGCCUGACUGGGGAAUAAUUUUUAAAAAGGAACACUUACCUGACUGUAGCCACCAUGAGGACAAUGAAUCGUACCCACUACUGGAGGAGUUUGAUCAAUUGAAAGGCCACUGCAAAGCAGAGCUUGAUGACACACAACUUGAAGCAGUUGAACUUGCACUAAAGAAAAAGUUGGCAUUAAUCCAGGGCCCACCAGGAACUGGAAAAUCAUUUGUUGGUGUAGCCCUGGUUCGACUUCUUUUGUCCAUGAAUGUACCACAAAAUCAUGGGCCUAUCCUGGUAAGAAAGAUUUUUUGUUCAAGAGUUAUGCACUGAGUGUACUGGACGUUGUGUAAGUGAACA